GCAGUUCGAGCUUAUGAUGUCACAAUAGAAAAAAUUAAACGUCAAAAACGGCCGUCGGCUUGCCCGACUCCUACCCCGUCUGAAUCUGGCCAGAAUUCUGCAGAUGGUCUGAUGACUUCGUCCAAGAACUCUGCUGAUACCACGAUGCCGGCGCUCGAAGUCCAGGAAGUAACGCGCGAGGAACUGUCCUCCAAGGCCAGUGUAUUGUCCCGCAUAGCCAGGAUGGGCCAGCCCGUGUUUGGCGUCAGAAAUAUGGCUUCUGACGCCCCUGCUGCUGUUGCAGUUUCUGAACCGGCCUCUGAUGCCGCGUCUUCAGUUAUUGACAAUCGUUUGCACGACGAAGCUCACAAAACUGCAAGCGGUCCUGAAGUUGUGACACGUAGCACCAGCCCCCAAGGGGUAAAAGGUGCGGAUGAAACGGUAUUGCUACAGGCAGAGUCUGCCAUUGAGAGCCAUACCCAUAACUUUAAAAAUGAGUUACCAAACUCGUUUCAACCCGUUGUUAACACACCAGAAUUCUCACAUAAUACCUCCGACGUUACACCCACCGACCAGACUGCGGUCCAAGAAUUGGUUCGGGAUCUCCAGAGUGGCCAGAAUUCCGGUUUUGGUCAGAGCUUUCGACCUACUUCACAAUGUGACACGCUCGUUUCUAAUAGAGUUAAUGCGAUUCCAAAACCUGCCUACAAUCCUUCCGAGGUAUUAACUCCAAAUGUUACUUCGGACGGAAGUGAAACAGCAUCAAUGCAUCCUUCAGUAGGUGGUCAAUCCUUGCAGAGUUCGCAAUGGUUGCCUUUCCCUCAUCGUCCAGUUAUAAGUGCCUCAUCUCACCCUGCCCAAGCGACCCUACCCACCAAGAAUUUUGUUCCAGAGAGUGGUAUUUACCAACAACCUCCUUUUCAUGCCUUUCAUCCAACACAUAGUAACGCCGUAAGACCUUACCAUCACCAAAGCCCAUUACCCCACAAUGCCCCGCAGUCAAUGCCUGAACAUUACGCACAUUCAUAUUCUCCCUAUGGCUCGCAUUUAGUGCCUUAUGGCGCCCCCUUCAGCAUGCCAAGCAAUGCUGGUCCUAACUUACAUCAAAGUUAUGCAACGGCACCGCCAGAGGCUCCGAUUUCUUUGCUUUUAUCUGAGAGUCGCUCACAGAACACGGAGUUGCGCAUCGCGAUGGCUCGCAUGGCCGACCAAGUGACGGAUGUACAGAACAAGAUAAAAGAACUGAUGGAGGAGGGGAUCCGAGCUACAAAUAUCACGCGAACCGAUUCACUAUCGAUCGCUACACAACGACUCGCUGGCACACACGAUAAUAUGACCGAGGUGGUCGAGAGUCGAUCUGCAUCGAGCGUUGGCAGGGCUUGUUCAGCCACUCCUGUUUCCGGCACCUGGGACGCGACUGAAGAGGACUUGAAUAACUCGAGACGAGAACUGUGUGAGCUCAGGAGCAAGUAUUCCGUGGUCUUAGAGUCGGAGAAAUCAUGGCAACGUAAAUGUCUCGAGCUUCAACAAGAGUUAAAUGAUUUCAAAGAAUCAAACAUCCACGUUGAAAAGUGUGAUGUAAUCAUUGAAAAUGCUGAAAAUCGGAAUCUUCUUCCGGAAUUGAGUGAAACAGGAAUGAAGAGUAUUAAAGUUGAGGAGUUACAUGAUUUCAAAGAAUCAAACAUCCACGCCGAAAAAUGUGAUGUAAGCAUUGAAAAUACAGAAAAUCGGAAUCCUUUUCCGGAAUUGAGUGAAAUGGGAACGAAGAGUAUUAAAGUUGACUCUGGAUUUGUGUGCGAUGAAAUCGGUAAGUUGAAGGAAACUGUCACUACGCUGUACGAGCGGCUCCACAAAAUGCAGUGCAGCGAGGCAAGACUUCCUAGCGAGGCUCCCCGCCCCAGCGCCACUUCUUCUUCUCACGAAGAAAUCACAAAGCUUAAGGCAGAAAAUGAGCGUUUGUUUCUUCUGCUGAAAGAUAAGGAAGAAUCCGUUCGGGAUUUGGAGUCUUUGAUGGUCCAUGAACUGAAGCUCAAAGAUGUUCAACUCGAGCAGCUGAAUGUCUCCAAAGCUGGAGUUGAGAACGAACUGCAUGAGUUGUCUGCUGCCCAGCAAAGCAUGGAAGAAGAUCUGCAGCUUCUGCGGCAGCAGACUGUCCAGCUCCGUCGUAUGGCCCACAAGCACAAAAACAAAAGCAAUAUGACAAAACCUGCUUCACUUCCCCCAUUGGUUAACGGUGGUAACUUGGACGACUCCAGUGACGACAUCCAUGAGGAAGAUAAAAUUCACGAUCAAUCCAGGAAUUUAGUGUCAUUGGAAAAUGAAGAACACCGUAGCCAGAACUCUAACGCUUUCGUCAACUCUUCAACCCAAACAGAUUUUCUGGAAUUUGGGAAUUUUAUUUCAAGCGAUGUUACAAAGACGCAAGAGCUGAAUGAUCCCGCGACGAACUGUGGAACAUCGAAAGAAUGCAUUGUUCCUCAAGUAUCUCAAGCAAGUGUAACACACACGGAGAUGGCCACACAGACUGAUCCAUCCACUCGCAUCAGAAGCAUCCAAACUCAAACAAUUGUCAACGAAGAGCAGGAGGAAACUUGUAAGUUACUUUUAAAUGAUUCUGGAUCUCUGUGCUACGACGCUGCAACUCAAACGAUACUCGAUGGGGAAGCUGUAGUGGAAUUGAAGAAGGCAGCAGCAGAGCUGAGUUUCUCGGCUGGUGAAGUGUCGGAGUACGUCGAGUCCGCUCUGAAGAAAGCGAUGAACGCUGUCUACAAGGACGCCAAAGAGCUCUUCAGUUCUGAACAACAGUUCACGGGAAGCGAUGCACGACGGUCCAUACAGACUGUAAUUAGGGAAACGACGCUUCUCUACCUUGAAUUGUUUGCCACGCAACUAGAAGAACGCCGUAAGCAACACGCGCUGGAUGUGGAAGGCAGGCAGCAGCUCCAGGAAACACUUUUUAUAGAACAGUCGCUCUGUGAACACGAGCGACGUCCGCUGAGGGCUGACCAUCAAGAAAUUAUAUGCAAAGAAACUGGGAAAACUGAGGCGUGUGGCGAACCUAAAGAUUUCAAGUCGGUUUCAAAACCUGUGCAAGCGGUUAAUCGGGAGUCUGAAAUAGAGAUCAGGAAUGAAAUGCAAGCCACGAUUGAAGCAAAAAUGGUUGGAAUAAAAGAAGAGCAGAGCAAUGAGCAAUGCCUUGACCCCGUUGCCAACUCGGAAGAAGGUGUACGCGCGGAACAAGAUCAAUGCAACAUUCAAGCCGCCUACCGAGUCCAGGAGCUCGCAGAAGCAGCAGAGACUCGGAUAUUGCCAUCAGCAACCGCCAGCACCGAAGUUCUAGAGCGUUCUACAGCAAAAGAAACCCUAAUCGAGGCCAAAGAAAAGCCGAUCAGUGUUACUAAUUUUGAAGAGGCCAAAGUUCUCGAAGACAGUUCAAAGAUUCAGCAUAAGCCAAUCGAUAGCGAAAAAAUUCCGGAUUUGUCGGAAGAGUUGGAAGCGAUGGACCAUAACUUGGACAACAUCGUUGAUAUGAAGCAAACAAGUGACAAGUUAGGUAUGAAACAUGAGAAUGAUUCCUCAUCUUGCCUGGAAAAUGAUUUUCGAGAUGAACCACUAGAUCUUCAUUUGGUUGUUGCAGACCGCAUGAUUAAGUCAGUUGAAAAAGAGCUCAGUGAAAAUUCACCGACUGGACCUGUUGAGCCCGAGCAACCCCAGGCUGUUUCAAAUUAUUCAAUUUCGCAGGGUGAUGAGAACAAUGGCGAACAAACGAGUCAUUGCUAUAGGCUGGAGGAAGAGUUACUAGGAAAGCCGGAGCAGAAAUCGGAGCUUCAUCGCCAUCAAACAGAACUUCAUGAAGGGACUGAUGUAUAUAAUGAACAAAACCACAAAUCUGAGUCGUAUAGAGAACAUAAAGAUAGCCUAGCAGACCAAAAUAUCAGCUGUGCAUCGAGUCCAUCUGAAUCUAGCCCGAAUUCCGCGCGCCAAAACAUCGAUAACGCAAGAGAUCCAGUUCGAGGAAACGGCAUUCUCUCCUUAUUGCAAGAAGAAAAGACAGACAUCGUGCAGGUUUCAAGAGAGGAACUUCCGAGACAAAUUCAACAGGAUGACAAUCAGUCAUUUGUGAGGCUCGGAACAAUCCCUGGCAUUACUGCUGCAAACGAACCUGAUGUUACGAUGCUCGGGAGUGAAACAAAACUCGUUGGUCAUGCUAGUGAUGUGGAUAACAUUGAUGAAGACACAGGAGAAAAUGUGACAAGAAAUCUGAGAAUUGAAGAUCAGCCUAACUUCGAAGUAUGUAAAGAUCAGUCGAGAGAUGAUUUAGUGAACAGAAAUGUUACUGUGGAACAUGACGAAUGCGCCGCGCAAAUCGAUGAAAUACCAGGAGGGAAUGAACAAGAGAAUUUUAUGUGCCGUGCAACGGAUGCUGACGUGCAGCAGCACGGAGGAGAGCAAAAGGGGGCGGUUGCCCACGAACAUAACGCUGCCCAGCACAGAUCAUGUGACCUGCAGGCCCAGUCUUGUCACACCGCCUCCACUUCCACGCCAGCUCCCGUGACUUCCUCUGGCACCUCACAGACGGGCGCGUUUUCUACGCAGCCACCACCACUGCCGCUGUUCUCCAGCGACGAAGACGAUGACGACGACUGGCUAAAGUAGCCAGCUGUGGUCGGAUCAUCGAUUGCCUUCUAACUC